AUGACUCCAGUGGCCGGAGCAAAGGAAGAAGUUGUCCACAAAUCGUGGAAGAAAAUAAAUGAAGAAAGAAAAGCACUAAAGAAGCAACGUAAACAGGAGAAGCUACUAAAACAACUGGCGAAAACCCAAAAGUCAGAGGAAACUUCCAAAAACAUUGACAGUGCCCAGAAGUCCGAACAGAAGGAACAUAAAGAAAACCCAUCCACAGUAUCCAUUGCAGUGCCCGGUUCUAUAUUGGAAAAUGCUCAAUCGGCGGAACUAAGAAGUUACGUGGCUGGGCAAAUUGCUAGGGCGGCUUGUAUAUUUCGUGUCAGUGAAGUUAUUGUAUUCGAUGAUAUCGGCCUGGCAACGGCAAGGGAGACAAAGCGAAACUUCGAGGCCGACGACAGCGAUGAUGCUGAAGGCACCUCACGCACUGUACGCAGUAGUGUCCUACAGUUGGCAAGGAUUCUACAAUAUUUGGAAUGCCCACAAUACUUGCGAAAAUUCUUCUUCCCUCUGCAUAAAGAUUUAAAGUAUUCUGGCCUGCUAAAUCCCCUUGACGCCCCUCAUCAUUUGCGACAACAGAACAUUUUCCGUUACCGCGAAGGUAUAGUCACGGAAAAGUUGGCCAAGGAAGGUCAUUGUUAUGUUAAUGUGGGAUUGCUGAAUGACGUUCUUGUCAACAAGGCCUUAACGGCGGGUCUACGAGUUACCGUGAAGUUGGAAAAACCUCAAGAAAAUGUGCGCAAACAACGCGGCACAAUCGUUAGUCCGGAUGAGCCGAGGCGUGAAACUGGUGUUUACUGGGGCUACACAGUUCGUAUAGCGCAUUCCAUAUCGGAGAUAUUUACUAAAUCCCCUUAUCCGGGUGGUUAUGAUUUGACAGUGGGUACCUCAGAUCGUGGUACCAGUGUGCACGAGGUUCCAUCCAAGUCAUUUAACUAUAACCAUUUGUUGUUGGUUUUCGGUGGUCUUCAGGGUCUUGAGGCAGCCGUCGCCAACGAGGAUAAACUACAAAUAGACGAUCCAAAAUUAUUGUUCGACCAUUACAUUAAUGUUCUACCCAAACAAGGUUCACGUACAAUUCGUACUGAGGAAGCCAUACUGAUAGCAAUGGCAUCACUACAAGAGAAAUUUAAUCCCAAAGUAGAAGAUAUCGAAGAAGAAUUGAUAAAAGAAGCCCUACCACGUAGUGAAGACACUGGUGGUAUUAUACCUAAACCAUCGCAAACAAAAAUGGAGCGGAAACGCAAACGUUUGGAGGAAAAUGAACAACAAAUAUUGGCAAACAAUGAAGCAGAUGUUCAAGAGGAAACAGUAAAUGUGGAGGUAAAGAAGCCCAAGGAAAAGAAAGUGAAAAAUAAUCCAUUCUCAAAUAAAAAAGAAUCAGCUGUGGUAGAUUUCGUUGAUAAUGGAGUUGCUGCUGGUGCUGGGGACGAUGAUUUUGAAAUUGUGCCAUCGGGCAAAGUGGACAAGACAACAUCAAAUGCAGCCAAUAAUGUGGACGAUUUGAGUCGAUUUGAUUAA